AUGAACGAGCUCUUCGACGACUUCGCCAAGGCGUAUGCCAUGCAAAAUGGCUAUGUGCUUGCGCAGACACUGUCCCCAGUUCCACCGCCUGAUGAUCCUCACAGGCUGAGGGGAAUCUGGCAAAGCUCAAACUCUCACAGCGCCAAGAGCGACAUUAGGCACUUCAUCAAGACACAAACAUCGUACCGCAGAGGCCUGGAACACGACGAGAUCAACGGGUGGGUGGAGGUGUACGUGGUGUAUUGGAAAGCUGUCGGCGAGAUUCUUGCAGGCGAGAAUGGAAAAUCAUCAUGGACCAGGGUGUACGAGUCUUGGAGAGACCUCACCUCGAUGCUGAUUCGAGGAUACAACAACCACGGCUUUGAGGCCUGGACCAUCCCGACCUUGUACAUGGUGGGAAAGUACCUCAGACUCUUCGCCAUCAAGUCCGACGACGAACGCAGCCGUACCAACGCAGACCCUUCCGGCGGCGCCGCGAUUAUGCAAGAUGACUUUGACCCAGAAGCGGAGAAACAGGCGCAGUUGAGAGACUGUGAACAGCAUCUAAAGCGCAUCUUCACGCUGUGCCUCAACGACAGAGCGCCCCUAGAGGAGUCGCGGAAAUGGGGAAUCUACUUCGUCAUCAACCUGCUCUUCAAAACGUACUUCAAGCUCAACUCGGCCUCGCUGUCCAGGACAAUUCUCAAGACUCUAGCAGUCUACAACGACAAGGGAGACAUGCCUCCUCUGGAAAGCUUCCCCAAAGCCCAAAGAGUGACGUUCAAAUACUACGAGGGCGUGCUUUUCUUUCUUGAGGAGAACUACGUACAGGCCGAGAAGCACCUCGUCGAGGCGUGGCGGCUUUGUCACAAGGGUGGCAAGGCCAACCUGGAGCGCAUUUUGACAUAUCUCAUUCCCUGCAGGCUGCUGACGAGCCACGUGCUUCCGACCAAGAGUCUUUUGGAGCCGUACCCUCGUCUCCAGCAGCUGUUCCUCCCUCUGGCACAAUGCAUCAGACGGGGCGAAUUGAGGACAUUCGACGUGGCCCUGCAAGAGCGCGAGGAUGAGUUGGUCAAACGACGCAUUUACCUGACCCUCGAGCGUGGGCGUGACAUUGCUCUCCGUAACCUUUUACGCAAAGUCUUCAUCGCAGGAGGAUUCGACGAACCUAAGGAACCGAACACGGCGCCGGUUCGGCGCACCCGCGUGCCCGUGGCGGAAUUCCGGGCUGCCAUCUGCAUGGGCAGCGGCGGAGAGCUGGUAGACCCGGACGAGGUUGAGUGUCUGCUGGCCAAUAUGAUCUACAAGGACCUCAUGAAAGGCUACGUCGCACGAGAGCGCGGCAUCGUUGUGCUCUCCAAGAAGGGUGCCUUCCCAGGAACCGGCGUGUGA